GCGUUGCGGGCAACGGCCAAGGCAGCGAAGAGGCAGUAAGCGGCGGCGCCGGUGGCUUCCGCGUUUGCCGGGGGGCGGCAGGAGGGGGUGGGGGCGAGUAGCGGCGUUGGGAGGGCGCUCGGUGGAUGGGCGGUUGGCGGACGGCACCGGCGGCGGCAUCUGUCAAGCGCCGGCGAUUCGCCGGGGCGCGGGGGAUGAGCCUGUGAGGGCGGAGGAGCGCGGGUGGGGGUGAAGCCCGGCCAGAGCGGAGCGAUGUCCCAGCCUCAGCAGCAGCAACAGCCGCCGCCGCCGCCGCCGCCGUCUCCUCAGCAGCAGCCGCAGCCGCCGCCUCCGGCCGCCUCCAAGAAGCGGGACCGGCGCAUCUUCUCCGGCACCUGCCCCGACCCCAAAUGCCAGGCGCGGCUCUUCUUCCCGGCCCACGGGCCGCAGAGCAGCGGCAGCAUCGAGUGCACGGACUGCGGGCAGCGCCACGAGCAGCGGCAGCUGCUGGCGGUGGAGGAGGUGACGGACCCCGACCUGGUGCUGCACAACCUGCUGCGGAACGCGCUGCUGGGCGUCAGCGGCGCCGGCCCGCCCCGCAGGAACACCGAGCUCGUCAAAGUCAUGGGCCUCUCCAACUACCACUGCAAGCUCCUGGCCCCCAUCCUGGCCCGCUACGGUAUGGAUAAGCAAACUGGCAAGGCUAAGCUCCUCACGGAGAUGAACCAGGGAGACAUCUUUGACUGCUCCCUCUUGGGAGACCGCGCCUUCCUCAUCGAGCCAGAACAUGUCGAAACCAUCGGUUACGGAAAGGACCGCUCCGGCAGCCUCAUCUACCUGCAUGACACCCUGGAAGACAUCAAGAAGGCCAACAACGGCCAGGAGUGCCUCAUUCCUGUCCACGUGGAUGGAGACGGCCACUGCCUCGUCCACGCAGUCUCGCGGGCACUGGUUGGCAGGGAGCUGUUCUGGCAUGCUCUGCGAGAGAAUCUAAAGAAGCAUUUUGAGGAGAAUCUGAGUCACUACAAGGCGCUUUUCCAUGACUUUAUUGAUGCAGCAGAGUGGGAGGACAUUAUCAAUGAGUGUGACCCUUUGUUUGUGCCUCCGGAAGGCGUGCCGAUGGGCCUUAGGAAUAUUCACAUCUUUGGUCUGGCCAAUGUUCUUCACCGCCCUAUCAUCCUUUUAGACUCCUUGAGCGGAAUGCGAAGCUCUGGGGAUUAUUCGGCAACAUUCCUCCCUGGUCUGGUACCUCUAGAAAAAUGCAUGGGAAAAGAUGGCAUGUUGAACAAACCCAUCUGCAUUGCGUGGAGUAGCUCAGGACGUAACCAUUAUAUUCCUCUAGUUGGAAUAAAAGGUGCUGCUUUACCUAAACUGCCUAGGAAGCUACUUCCUAAAGCAUGGGGAGUCCCUCAAGAACUCAUCAUAAAGUACAUCAAGUUGGAGGAGGAUGGUGGUUGUGUUAUUGGAGGAGACAGAAGUUUGCAAGAUAAGUACUUGAUGAGGCUUGUUGCUGCAAUGGAGGAGGUUUUCAUGAGUAAACAUGGUAUCCAUCCCAGUCUGGUAGCUGAUGUACAUCAAUAUUUCUACAGAAGGACUGGUGUAAUAGGGAUCCAGCCUGAAGAAGUCACUGCAGCUGCCAAAAAGGCAGUGAUGGACAACCGCCUUCACAGGUGCCUCAUCUGCGGAGCCCUUUCAGAGCAUCACGUUCCUCCAGAGUGGUUGGCUCCCGGGGGGAAACUUUACAACCUGGCAAAAAGUACCCACGGGCAACUAAGGCCUGACAAGAAUUACAGUUUCCCCCUCAACAGUUUGGUGUGUUCUUACAACCCUGCAAAGGACGUGCUGGUUCCAGACUACGGCCUGAGCAGUUUGACCGCUUGUAGCUGGUGUCAUGGUAACUUGGUGCGUCGUGUCAGAGAAGAUGGAUCCGUUUCUUAUUUGGAUGGAGACAGAACUAACACUAGGUCUACAGGUGGCAAAUGUGGCUGUGGAUUCAAGCACUACUGGGAAGGUAAAGAAUAUGAUAAUCUCCCUGAAGCUUUUCCUAUUACUCUAGAAUGGAGUGGAAGAGUGGUGAGAGAGACAGUCUACUGGUUUCAGUAUGAAAGUGACACAUCUCUGAACAGCAAUGUGUAUGAUGUCGCCAUGAAACUUGUUACCAAGCACUUCCCUGGUGAAUUUGGUAGCGAGAUUCUUGUUCAGAAAGUUGUCAACACAAUAUUGCAUCAAACUGCCAAAAAGAACCCUGAUGAUUAUACCCCUGUAAAUAUUGAUGGCGCUCACGCCCAAAGAGCUGAUGAUGUACAGCAGGGACAAGAGUUAGAGUCGCAACUUCCAACCAAAAUUAUUUUGACUGGGCAGAAGACAAAAACUUUGCACAAGGAGGAGUUGAAUAUGAGCAAAGCUGAGAGAACUAUUCAGCAGAACAUUGCAGACCAGGCUUCUGUAAUGCAAAAGCGGAAAAGUGAAAAACUGAAACAAGAGCAUAAAGGGCAACCUCGGACUGCUUCUCCUGGGGCUGUUCGUGAGGGCCCAUCAUCUGCACCAGCUACACCAACAAAAACCCCCUACUCUCCAACAUCUACAAAAGAAAAGAAAAUCCGGAUAACCACAAACGAUGGGAGGCAGUCAAUGCUUACCCUAAAGUGCACUACCACCUUCUUGGAACUACAGGAAAGCAUAGCAAGAGAAUUCAAUAUUCCUCCGUAUUUGCAAUGUAUUCGAUAUGGCUUUCCUCCUAAAGAACUUCUGCCUCCCAAAGAAGGCAUGGAAAAUGAGCCUGUUCCUUUGCAGCAUGGUGACAGGAUUGCCAUAGAAAUUCUGAAAGGUAAGGAGGAAGGCAGGCAGUCUGCUUCAGCACACUCGUCCCAUGCUGUGAAGCACGAAGAUGUUGGCGUCACCAGUAAAAUCUCAUCGAAGGAACUGCAAGACCAAGUCGAUAAGGAGAUGUAUUCUCUCUGCCUUCUAGCAACACUAAUGGGUGAAGAUGUUUGGUCUUACGCAAAGGGGCUUCCUCAAUUGUUUCAGCAGGGUGGUGUGUUCUACAGCAUAAUGAAGAAAACCACAGGUUUGGCUGAUGGCAAGCACUGUACAUUUCCACAUCUGCCUGGUAAAAACUUCGUGUACAAUGCAGCAGAAGACAGAUUAGAGCUGUGUGUGGAUGCUGCUGGGCACUUCCCUAUCGGCCCCGAUGUUGAGGAGCUGGUGAAAGAAGCCUUAAGUCAAGUCCGAGCAGAAGCUACUUCAAGAAGCAGGGAAGCGAGUCCUUCCCAUGGAAUGCUGAAGCUGGGUAGUGGUGGAGUAGUCAAAAAGAAAUCCGAACAGCUGCAUAACAUAACUGCAUUUCAAGGAAAGGGCCAUUCCCUAGGAACUGCCUCUAGUAGCCAACCACAUGAUCAAAGAGCCAGGGAAACACCACUUUUAAGAAAGCAUAGCACAGAAACGGACUUCAGUCCUUCUGCUAAAAUUGAGCCUUCUGUAUUCACAGCUGCUUCUGGUAACAGUGAGCUUAUCCGAAUCGCUCCUGGAGUUGUGACAAUGAGAGACAGCAGGCAGCUUGACCCUGCUUUGAUUGAGGCACAGAGAAAAAAGUUGCAGGAAAUGGUCUCUUCUAUUCAGGCUUCAAUGGAUAGACACUUGCGGGAUCAGAAUACAGAGCAGUCAGCACCAGUUGAUCCAUCUCAAAGAAAAGUAGAGGCAGUGAGCAGUUCCACUGCUAAAACUGGGAGUUUUCAGGCUGGCUCACCCGAACCGUUUUCUGCUCCAGGUGUUCCUGAACACUUGAAUACUGAGUCAACUGAUGGUAAUGUGGUGCAUCCUGUGGGAACAACAUUCCCUGCAAGGUCUAAAGCACAAAAGGGAAAUUCUGUUGAGGAGCUUGAGGAGAUGGAUAGUCAAGAUGCAGGAAUCACUAAUGCAACUGAGCCAAUGGAUCACUCUUGAUAGGUUAAAGCUAAUAAGGGUAGAAGAAAUUACUGUUAAAAUGUAAUGUUUAUUGGCUGGGCCACACAAAGUCAUUAGUUAUCAAAUCUUGUAUGUAUGUCAAAGACUAUAUCACCUUAUUCAGUGCAUGAUAAGCAAGUGUGUGAUUGGCAAUAGCUUUCAAUAUUACCAUACUGCUGUCCAGGCUGGCUCUGCUACCUGUAAAUUUGUUGUUAGGAAAUUCACUGAGAUGAGUAUCUGCUGUAAAUGUGGGUUUUUGAAAAUUCUUUGUAAUUUAAUUCCUUAGAAGUCUUAAAAUCCAAGGUCAUGCAGGGUUCUUACCAUGCUAGUUUAAGGUUAUGGUAAUACUAGAAGAGGCAAAACUAGAAACAUGAAAAAGUUAAUCCUGUCCCAGGUGCUUAAUUCAUCUCAAAAAUACACUAUAAAUGUGAAUUACACAUAAAUUUCAAAAAGUAACUGAAAGUAAAUAUCUGCUAAAUUUGAAAAGGCAGCAUAUACAGUACUUCAAUUACACUGUGCUGGCACUUCCUCUGAUUUACAAGCUUUUUCAUUCAUACAGCUGUAUAUGCUUGUCAGAAAUCUUGAAAUAAGUGUAACUUUAGUAAACUGUCUUAAUUUCUGCAUAUUGUCAGUUCAGGCAAGUUAGAAAAAAGGCUACUUAGUGUGUAAUGAAGAUAAAGUGAAUGUGGUGUGGUUAUGCAUGGCUGUCUGAGCCAACACAACCAUUUUGGUGCUGUUAGUGAGUGAUAGCAUGUUUUUAUUUCUUACCAAAUACUGAGCCACUCAGAUGUUGUGCAACUUUCAGUGCAACCACAGGAGAGAAGGUGGUGGCAAUUGCAAGGAACAACAAAUGUUCAAUGGCAAAUCCAUUUCUUUAAAAGACUUUGAUUACUAGCAUUGGCCAGUAACGGUAAAAAUUAAAUAACAGCACUCCUUUUCAGAUCAAAUUAACAAUUUAUUGGAAGGAAAUUACUCUCUAACAUACAUUAUCCUAAAGUGUUCACUGAUAAUUGAGCUCACUGGUUACUCUGUGGGAACAAGGAAUACGUGUUGUUUCAGCUUCUAUAGACUGCCCACCUCUAUUAGCCUCAGACUGUGAUGCAGGUUUCCCUGCAUCAGUGAUAAUAAUAUGCACUUAGGUAGUGUGUUUAUCAGACCUGCAGUGCUAGUUUUUAAGCAGCAGCCAUUGUGCUUACUCCCUAAGGAUGGAAUGUGUAUCUGAUACUGCACUUUGCUUCCUAUCUUCAUAGUCAUACUUAAGUGCACUACUGUUUCUUCCUCUAAUGGCAAAAUAACAAUGAAUGGAUGAAAAAUGUUAAAACAGCUUCAAAGGAAUUAAGAGCAUUUAGAUACUGAAGUCUGUGUUCGUGCACAUGUGGGUUUUUACCAGUUCACAAAUGUUGUUAGUAUUGUAUAUGUUUGUAUUCAGAAAAGUCUCCUCACUUUUUACAUUUCUAAUCACUUAAACCUUUCUAAGCAUUAGCGUGGCAAAAUGCCCCACGAGGGAGGAUUUAUUUUUGUAUGCAAAACUUAACUGAAGCAAGUCACAUAAAGAAAAGCCCCUGUUUUGUCAAAGUAAAUUAAAAUGCCUCUGUUGGUUAACUUUUUAUGUGGAGGGAAUAAGUAUUUCAUGAUUUAGUACACCACUUAUAGGUAAAAAAAUAAGCAUUGCCCUUUCACAAAUAAAUGAAAAAAUUUAAGGUCUCAAACUGCUAACCUGUAAGUUAGCAAUUUGGAAUCUUGGAAUGGAUGAAGUAAUUGGUCUCACCAGAACUGACCUUGCUGAUGCACUGAUUAACUGGCAGGGCUUAUUCAAUGAGAAACAGGAUGUACAUGCAGCAGCUGGAAGCCUGCCAUGACUUCUGAAAACAUUUUGUCUCCUAUGAAUCAGUCUAGCUGUCUGAAGGCUACUUCUGUAGAGAAAAUAUUGAGUAGGGGCUGGUGCUUUGUCACAAAGUUUAGAAAAGUAUAGCAGUGGCAUAUUCCUGGGAAGGAGUUUUAAGUAAGGAGAGGCUGAGGAGGAGGAGUCUCCUGGAUCUCCUGCAUUUUAGACAAGGUAACUAUCACUUGAACAUUCUUAACCUUUUCUUUAGAAAAAGAAGUCUUCCUUGGCUGAAAAAGGCAUGGGCAGUGCACAUGAGAGAAUUUUAAGUUUGAAAUAGAUUGAACUAUUUAUUGUGUAUUAUUCUUAUUUCAAGGGAUAGAUACUUACUUCUUUUAUGCCUUUCUGGUAAGACUACGGAAGUUUGUGUGCCUUUUACUGUUUAAAGAGGAAGGCUUGAUUUAAUUUUGACACACUUCCCAUUUCAGCAGUAAUUUGACAUUUUCCUUCUUACCUAAACAGAAAUGGACAGAGAAAAUAGCUCUGUUUGACUCACCCUUAGUGUCAUCUCAGAUCCACUCUGUCACGUAGCUCGGAACUCUCCAGUUUCUAAAACAGGAUGGUCUUAGAAAAGAAUAGUAAAAUGGUGUCAAAAUUACAAGAUCUGCUGAUGUGAAUUCCUCUGGUGUAAAGCAGAGUUGUACAUACCUCUUUGCAGUGUUCUUAUUUCACAUAGCUUUCUCAUGCAUUUAAAUAUCAGUGUUUUUGAGAAAGAUGGCUUUUGACACUCUUAAGUAAAGCUAAACUUCAUCUACGUGCUGAUGAGAUGUGUAACUGUACAGGAGAAGUGGAAUAAAGAACACUGAAGUGUCAGUUUAAGCAGAUGUUUCAUUUGUUUGCUAGCAGUGGGUGCAGAUGUAAGCUGAGACAAAACUAUGUGCCUGUCUUAGGAGCACCCACAUGCUACUUUGGUUUCCUUGUAAGAGUCAGGAAAAUGGUGGCUGGGUACAAGGGCAGGGAAGAUGUUGACUCAUUGUGAAUAUGAAGCCAUAUCAGUAGGACUUCUCAAAUGAUGUGAAGUGUCCCUUUCUGGAAAAAAAAGGCAGCCCAACUUUUUGCUACUGAAUUGCCUGUGGACAGGGACUGUAAUUCAAGAUUAUUUUUGAGUACCUGCCUUGAUUAUUUUCUUGGGACAGCCUUCUUGUACCCAGUGUCUUGUGGCAAAGAUUUAAAUUGUUUGAAAGUCCUCAACUUUACUGUAGCUUAGUGAAUGAAAGAUGAUUACUGCAAAUACAGACCCAGUACAAAAAAAGCCCCAAAUAAACCAAC